AUGACUUUCGUAUCAUCGCGAUACUACUUCGCGACCUCAGCAACAGUCGCCGUGGUAGCCAGUGUAGGCAUCUACUCUCUCCUAUCCCAAACUGCACACGCAGAAUCCAGCCAGCCCCCAAUGGCCUUCAAGGGUAGAUUCGGCUUCACCUCGCUGCGGCUGCACAGCGUCACCAGCGUCAACCACAACACCAAGCGGCUACUAUUCGAACUGCCGGACUCGGAGGCACGCAGCGGACUGAGCUUGACCUCGUCCCUUCUCACCGUCUCUCGACCGCAAGGCAGCUUUUUCCCGGUCUUUCGACCGUACACACCCAUCAACAAACUGGAUGAUCCCGGAUUCGUGGAGUUGAUGGUAAAGAAAUACCCGAACGGCAAGGCCAGCUCGCACCUCCACUCGCUCUCCCCCGGCGACAGGAUGACCUUCCUAGGCGCCAUCAAGGGCUUCCCCUGGACAGCCAACCAGUUCCCACACAUCUACCUGCUCGCCGGUGGCGCGGGGAUCACCCCGAUCUACCAGCUCAUCCAGGGCAUCCUCUCCAACCCGCACGACCGUACGCGCAUGACCCUCGUCUUCGGCGGGAAUACAGAGGAAGACCUCCUCCUCCGUGAAGAGCUGGACGGUUUCAAAAAGCGAUUCCCGGACCGUUUUGACGUCAUCUACACUGUUUCCUCCUCCUCACCUAAUCUGCCAUCCUCUUCAUCACUUAGAACAGGCCGUAUCACGAAAGAGCUACUUGAAGAAGUCAUGGGCUCUACCCCCGGCGUCGUCGACCAGCAUAACACCAAGGUCUUCGUCUGUGGCCCGCCCGCUAUGGAGGAAGCCCUGACAAAGUCCAGGGGGUGUAUGCGCACUUCGGGCGGGGAGGAGGGCGUUCUGGCGCAAUUGGGGUUUUCGAAGAAUCAAAUCUACAAGUUCUAG